AUGGCUUCAUACUUUAGAUUAUUUGUUUCGGUUCUAGCCGUAAUCCAAGGUGUACUCGCAGCGGUGACGUUUACCGUCCCCAAGCAGGCACAUACAGGAUCCUACAAAUAUGCGCCUUUAGACCCAGCACCAGUCGGUAUAUCCUUCGAAUUCUUCGCUUUCCCGUCCUAUUUCACCAACGUGAGCGCUACAAAUCAAUGUCUUUCCAAUUGGAAGGAUCUCUCCGGGGUCUGGCCGCCAAUUCGCAUCGGAGGUACCACACAAGAUCGGGCUCAAUAUGACUCUAAAACUUCGGCCUAUGUUGUUUAUAGUGUUUCCAGCCCAGCUGAUGCACCUGCGAGCCUCACAUUCGGCUCCAGUUUCUUAACUUUGGCGGGGAGCUAUGGCGGCAGCGUUGUGGUCGGGUUAAACAGGGGUAAGAAUCAGAUUCAGAACACGAUCAGCGCCGCCAAAAUUGCCGUGGCCGAAGUGAAGAAUCUCCUUGCUGUCGAACUCGGAAACGAACCAGAAUAUUAUUCCAGAAACGGUCAGCCCAUUGCCUCCGGAAGUUGGUCCCCGGCUAUUGACGCCGCUUCUCAGAAUAAUUGGGAUAUAUCGGUAGGAUCGGCUGUAGAUAAGCGGCCAAUAAUCCAAGCCGGGAACUCCAAUGAUUCUCCUCCCACAUGGGGCGCGGCAGAGUUGAUUGCGACAGAGAAUGCAACCGUAAAGCAAUACGUCAAGACAUACGCGCACCACAACUAUCCUGGGGGAAGUGUAACUUCCUUAAUGAGCCAUAAGAGUAUCUCCAGCAACUUACAUGUCUUUGAUGCUGACGUAGCGGCCGCCUUAAAAGAGGGCAAGCCAUACGUGUUCGGCGAAACUAAUUCGGUAUCUGGCGGUGGCGCGGCGGCUGUAUCGCCAACUUUUGGUGCGGCCCUGUGGACAAUGGACUAUGUACUUCGGGCAAGCUACAGCAAUAUAUCGCGGACGUAUUUUCACCACGGCACUGUCGGUAAUUGUCAGUAUUGUUUCUGGGGAAGAUAUAGCAUGGGUGCCCCUUACUAUGGCGCGUACGCAGCGACUGCCUUGCUAGCAAAGGCGUCCUAUCUCACAGCUCUUGACGACGGCUCGAACAAUUAUGCGGCAUAUGUUUCGUUUGAUUCCAAUGGUGCACCACUUCGGGCACUGUUAUACAACUCUGAUUAUUUCAGUGGAAGUGGUACUCGAUCCAGCCAAUCAUUCCAGCUUCAGGGACUAUCCGGAAGUUCCGUGAAAGCCAAGAGACUCACGGCAGAUAGCGCUGCGUCCAGAGUCGAUCAAGGUGGAAAAGUUACUUUCGGAGGCCAGACUUUUACCGACGGAGACUGCAAAAUUGCCGGGUCUGAGAGUAUUGAGACAUUGGAGGUAUCGAACGGGCAGGCGACGGCUACAUUAAAGGCUAGUGAGGCCCUCCUAGUAUACUUGCAAUGA